UAGAAUUCUUCGUUAGCAUCGGCUGCGCGCGCUGCUUGCCCGUGAUGAGUUCGUGAGUUGAACCAACAUUCAUCUGUCAUCAGCAAAUAUGAACUGUGUUCUUGAAGGAAAUUGUGUAAAAGCAUUUGGAAAGGCUAUUCAUGCCCUGUCACGGAUUGGAGAUGAACUGUGGUUGGACCCCUUGUCCAAAGGGUUGGCACUGAGAUCGGUGAAUUCUGCUCAUUCUGCAUAUGCCUGCUUCUUCUUCUCGCCGCUGUUUUUCCAGCACUACAGCCUGGGAUCAGUAUCAGAGCAGGGCGGUGAAACAGUCAAAUGCAAACUGCUCAUGAAGUCUGUUCUACCUCUUUUCCGGGGUUUGACUUCCAUUGAGCGAAAUGUGGAACGAUGUGAGAUAUCAAUCAGCACUCCCACUGACCGAGUGAUGAUCCAGUUUUUCUGCAGGCAUGGCAUCACUAAAACCCACAACCUACGGUUCCAGGAAAGUGAGGCUCUGCAGGCAGUGUUUGCCUCACACCUCUGUCCCAAUGUGCUGAAGGCUCCUGCCAGGCUUCUUUGUGAUAUGGUGAUGCAUUUCCCAGUGUCCCAGGAGGAAAUCACUCUGUCCAUGACUCCUCUAAGAGUCAGUCUGAGAAAUUACAAUGAGGGUGGAAAUGAUCACAUGAAGAUGAUGUACACUGAGAUGUCCUUACACCCAGACGAGUUUGACUACUUUCAGAUUGGAGUGGACUCAGACAUAACCUUCUGUCUGAAGGAGUUGAGGGGUUUACUGUCCUUUGCAGAGUCACAUUGCCUUCCAGUGUCGGUCCACUUUGGUGCUGCAGGAAAGCCUGUGUGCUUCUCCGUGGAGGACAUGGUCCUGGAGGCCACUGUGGUGCUGGCUACUCUGAUCGACUCUGAAAGCAGGGGCCCCUCUCAGCCUACAGAGACCCUGGCCCCUACUACCUCCAGGUGUGCAGAUGCUGCUCUUCUACCUGUGGGUUCGUGUGACGCAAACAGCAGGGAGCCUCAGGAUAUUCAUGCUAUGACGGAGCACAUAGCAUCCAGCCAGGGCAGCCCUAUUAUCAACCCACCUUCUCUGAUGCAGCUUCUGCCUCAGAUUGACGAGCCUAAUGGACUCGGUGUACCUGAUGAGGCCUGUGCCAGUGCCACCGUGACUCCUGCUUCCUCCACGAUCUGCUCCCUCCUGUUCAGGGCCUUGUCCUCAGAGCAGGAUUGUGCUGUCAGACUGCCUGUUCUGGCAUGUUACAGUGACGGAGAGGAGAAUAUGGAGGAAGACUAUACAAGAAGCCCUUCACUCUGAGAACAGAGUUAUUACACACUACACGUUUCUCAUCUCGACUUUUUGUGAUGCUGCCACAACAUUCGACCGUUGUCAGAAUGAUAAGAUCUGAAGUAAUUUAUUUUUAAUGUACUUUGUAUUUUAAGUCGUUUUUAAGCAUAUUGUUAUAGCUCAAACGUUGCUUUGCUUGUUUAAACUGUGUUCAAAGUGUGACGUUUCUCAAUAAUGUACAGUUGGAAAUUCAAGAUAAUCUAUUUAUAAUAAUUAUUUAUCAAAGAAUAUAUCAUUUAACUUGGUUUGGCAAUUUCAGUGUGUGAAAUAAAUGUCAUAGCAUGUAAGGGAGAAAAAAAAAAGGACUAUUCUGGUCUUGUCUGUGAAAACAUUUCAGCUUGAAGAUGCCAUACUUGUCUGUUGAUGGUAACUUUUAGUAUACGUGAUGUCAGAGGAAUGUGGGAGUACACACACAAAUCGUACAAGGCGUUCUUACGCAUUAUCUUUUCAGUUCAGUGAGGUAAACACACUGGAUGCAGAGCUAAAUGUGAUCAUGUCUUGAUGGGAAAAUACAGGGCUCGAGGCAUCCAGCCUGCUCUAGUGAAGAAAACACCUCUGCAAUGUAUUGUUCAAUACUCAAGUGUGCCAGAUAGUGUUCUGAUCUAAAACCCAACUGCAGGUUUAUGCUCAUAUCACAGCCAUCAAACACAACAGGAUAAUAAAUACUAUACUCUUUAUUUAAAUAUUGUACAGAUUUGAAAAUGUAUUUUUACAGAGCUUGGAUCUUCAUUGAAUUG